AUUGAAUUGGGACUUGGAUAAUCGCGGUCGCCGCUCGGAGAUAACGCACGGACCAUGUCAAAAAUUCCCAAGUCCUCGCCCGCGAUUUCAUCGCGGAAAUAUCAGAAUUCAACAGGCACAAACUGACAAACGCAAUUUUUUCCCCAGAGGAAAGCCUCUUUCAUAGGCGGCGCGCUUUUUUCGAGGCCUAUCCAAUCUUCCCAUUCUUCCAUUUGCUGUUCUUUGCCUACAAUUUCUUUUGCCCGCCACAAUGCCUGAUCCCGGAAAGAAGAAAUCCAAAGGCAGCGGCGGGAGCAAAGCUGGAAAAGCUAGCGGUCCUAUUAUCACCGAUCCGCGAUUUGCCAAUAUCCAGAGCGAUCCCCGCUACCGACUCCCCAGCAAGCGCCAUACACAUGUGAAGCUCGAUAAGCGUUUCUCGCACGUGCUGCACGAUCAGGACUUUUCUCGUAAUGCGGCUGUCGAUAGAUACGGUCGGAAGUUGGCUCGUGAUGAUACGAAAAAGCAACUGGAGCGAUUCUACCGGCUAGAUGCCGCCGAGGGCGAAGAGGAAGAGGAAGAUGAUGACUUGGACAAAGUCAGCGUGGAUGAUGACGAUGAGGUCUUGAAGGAACUGGAAAAGGCUGAUAAGAAAGCAUACGAUCCCGCGCGUGAUGGUGGGUUUUCUGAGUCGUCAUCUUCCGAGGAGAGCUCUAGUGAGGAAGAGAGUGAGGAGGAGGAGGUUGAUGAGGGCGAAGAGCUGGAGUUUCCGACGAAGGCACAGACAGAUGUGCCGGAGGGAGAGGUCACGAAUCGCAUAGCGGUGGUUAAUCUGGAUUGGGAUAAUAUCCGCGCAGAGGAUCUCAUGGCUGUUUUCUCGAGUUUCGUGCCCACCGGUGGUCGAGUCCUUAAGGUCUCGAUUUACCCUAGUGAGUUUGGAAAGGAGCGGCUAGAAAGGGAGGAAAUUGAAGGUCCCCCAAAGGAAAUCUUCGCUAGAGACGACAAAGAUGAAGAAGAAGAGGAUGAGGACGAGGAGGAAGAUAUUGAUUCCGAAGACGAGGAAGAAAAGAUCAAGCAGUCUCUAUUGAAGGAAGAUAAGGGUGAAGAGUUCAACUCCACCCGCCUACGACAGUACCAGCUCGAGCGAUUGCGCUAUUACUAUGCUAUUCUCAUCUUCUCCUCGAAGGAGGUUGCGAAGCAUGUCUACGACAAUGUGGAUGGAACCGAGUACCUGACCAGUGCCAACUUCUUUGACCUUCGAUUCGUUCCAGACGAUACUGAUUUCUCCGACGACAAGCCGAGAGACGAGUGCGAGAGGAUCCCGGAGGGCUAUAAGCCUAACGAAUUCGUCACAGACGCCCUGCAACACAGCAAGGUGAAGCUUACAUGGGAUGCGGAUGAUAACGUACGAAAAGAAGUGCAGGCCAAGGCCUUCAAGGGCAGCAGAAAGGAUAUCGACGAAAACGACCUGAAGGCAUACCUUGGAAGCGACAGUUCAGAUGAUGAGGACGAGGAAAUUGAAGAGGUCGAUGGCGAGACCGGUGAGAAGUCCACCAAGAAGGUGUCCAAAAAGGAAGCGGAAAGACAGCGCAUGCGCGCCCUGCUUGGACUAGACACUGGAGUGUCUACAAAAUCCAAAUCCAAAGGCCCUGUAGGGGACAUGGAGAUCACGUUCACGUCGGGUCUAGCUGGGGCACCAGCCAAGGACUCUGUCUUCGAGAAUGAACCGGAGCGCGAAGAGACCACCAUCGAAAAGUACGCUCGCAAGGAGCGUGAGAGGAAGCAGAAGCGAAAGGAGAGGCUCAAGGCUAUGAAGCGCGGUGAGACUCUGCCCGAGGACAACGAGGAGGCCGAGAAGGAUGGCCAAAAAGAACAGGCAGCGGCCGAGGAGGAUCUGGGCUUCGAUGAUCCUUUCUUUGAAGACCCCGACGGCAAAGCCGCCGCAAUAGCCCAGCGCAAGGAGGAGCGACGCAAGAAGCGUGAGCAGCGGGCCGCCGAAGAAGCCGCCUCAGCGGCUCAGCGUGCGGAGCUCGAGCUGCUGAUGGUCGACGACAAGAGCGCCGGCGUCCAGCACUUCGACAUGAAUGAGAUCGAGAAGGCCGAGAAACAGGCUCGCAAGAAGGGCAAGAAGGGCAAGGGCGCAAAGGGCGAGGUGGAGGCACCCGCAGACGAUUUCAAGAUCGAUGUCAGCGACCCCCGAUUCUCCCGUCUGUACGAGAGCCACGAGUUUGCCAUUGAUCCCACAAACCCGCGCUUCCGCCAGACUUCUGCCAUGAAGGCCCUACUCGAGGAAGGCCGGAAGCGCAGAAGAAACCGGGCUGAGGAGGACGAAGAUGGUGAGCGGGGCGGAAGCAGGGAGUCGCAGAAGAAGCAGAAGAAGUCGUCCAAGAACGAGGGUGGAGAAGACGACCUGAAGAAACUGGUUGCUCGGGUCAAGAGCAAGGUGCCCAAGGCAUGAUUCAGCCAUGAUUCAAUCCGAUUAUAAUCUUGUCAAGGGAAAGCGAACCGGAAAACAAAAGUCCAUGUGGUUUGGGGUUGGUGUUUAUGGGAAUUUUCCGGACAUAUCUUUUUUUCUUCUUUUUCUCUGGUCUCGUACUUAUGCAGGAUGUAUGUAUGUACUGUAUACAUUGUGAGCUACACGCAGGCGUCUAAUCGACGUGUAUUCCAUCAGAAGAAUAGAAUUUCAACAUUGUAUUAACAUUUCGU